AUGUCUUCUCCGUUAGAUGAGCUCGCUGAUGCCUUCAUAACAUCACAAAGUCCUUUUAUGGGAGCUCAGAAGGGAAUUCAUGGACAGGGACAGCAGAACCAGCAAAGCGUUGGGGGCGAAACACCAUGUGUGCCUGGGGGGGAGGAAACAGCGAUCAGUUCCUCCACAGGUUUCGUUUGCGCUUUCUCGCCUGGCAAAACGUUCGGGCCAGCUUCGAAUGAGCCAACAGAUAUAGCGGCUGCUGCUGCUGCGCGAGAGGCCGAUGAUGCCUUCGGGGAUUGGACUUCGGCACCGCAAGUCACGCAUCCCAUGCAGCAGCAAUGUCAGCAGCAACAGCAGCAGCAGCAAAACAGCGUGACGUCGGGAGCGCAAGGCUUUUGGGCCUCAAACGUUUCACACCAGUCAAGUGUCUCGGGGUCCUUUGCCGAGUUGCUGGAGCCCAACAUCAGCAGCAACACCAGCACUUCAGGCAUCUUACAACAAAGCCCCCAUGUGCCGCUGGAUGGGCAGGCGCAUUUGGGCGCUGCUCCUGACCCCAGAGAUGCUACUCCUCGCGAUUGUGGUGACGCGCUUAUUGCUCUCGGUGCUGCUCCUUCGGGUAGUCUUGCUAGAGCUGCUUCCUUUGCUACUGCUGCUGUGUCUGCAACAGCAGCAGACCCUCAUCCACGGGCCUAUCAGGAACAGUAUGUGGCUAGCAGAUCGGAUCCAUCCGAAACAUUAAAGGAAACCACAGCAGAUGCCUCGGGAAUCGCAGUGUCAGGGUCGCUGGGGCCAAGACCAGCAUCAGCAGCAGCAACAACGGAGCGCGGAGGAAUCGGAGGAACGUCUGACAGUGAAUACGUCCAUCCCUAUUCCACGGGUUCAUCAAGCUCUGGGUUUUCGAAGCCUCGUUCGGCUGUUUCAGGAGUUCCUUCUCCUGCAUCGGGACAUCAAAGUUUGUCUUCAGAUGCACUAGAAGCUCCAGUGGUCGGAGCGCCGGCUGCUGCAACGGCUGCUGCAGUACCAGCCGCUUUUCUUGCUUCGAAGAAUUCCCCAGUUUUCACUAGUGGCGCCUCUACAACUUCGCCUCCAACCGCUUUGAAUUUGGCGUCUGUGCAAGAUCGUGAAUCUUCUAAGAAAUGUGCAACUGAAUGUUUGCAGCCGAGUGGCCCAGCAACUGAGGCAGCAUAUGCGUCACAAGAAAUCACGGGCUUUACCGGAGGAUCCAAAGACUCAGCUCCUGAGGUGCUUCCUUCAAGGGAUAUGACAGGAAAUAAAGCAGAGGCGAGUACAGCCGAUUUGGCAGUGACAACUGAUCAGGCACGUGAAGCCGCACCAGCUCCGACAGCCACACCUGUCGGGAUAUCCGGGGAAUGCCGAGACCGUGCACAUCUAGAAACAGAAGCCAGUGGUCGGCUGCCGUCGCCGCAAGCAGAACAGGCAAAUGCAUCGGCAACAGCAACGGCAGCUGAUGCUGAAAGGCCAGCACAAGAGGCAGAAACAUCGGCAGCGCCUCAGACUGGGACAAUGUGUGAUUGGGAGGCGGUUGAGAAGCUGAGCCAGAAGUACCGUCAGGUAAAGAAACAGAAUGCGUUGCUAAAGGAGGCCCUGCGUCAGCAGCAGCAACAGCAGCAGCAAGGGCAGCAACAGCCUCAACAGCAGCAACAGCAACAGGAAGAGCCGCUAGGGCUCGUGAGCCAACUGCAGCAGCAGGUUGCUUUGGGGGAGUUUCGACAGCGCCAGUUGCUGGAUGACCUAGAUACCGCGCAGCGUGAAUUGAAAAGACAGCAGCAGCAACUGCAGCAGCAGCAGCAGCAACUGCAGCAACAACACCUGCUAUUACUAAAGACGGGAGCAGCGAACCCUUCAUCAGCAGGCGGCCCGGGAAGUAGUUGGGGACUGUCAUUGCUUGGGGGUGGCAGUGCAGCAGCCAAAGAUGCCGAGCUGAAGGCUCUGCAGCAGCAAGUCGAGGUACUGGGAGAAGAGCUUCAGCUCAAGAUAGAAGAGAAUGAGCGACUGCAUUUGGAAGCUUUUGAGGAGAGGCAGCAGCAGCAGCAACAGCAACAGCAGCUCGAAGCCACGAUACGGCUUUUGCAGCAACAGCAGGAGGCAGCGCAACAGCAGCAACAACAGCAAGCCGCUGACCACGCAGAGCAGCAAAGAGAGUAUGAGAGACUGCAGCAGCAGCAAGAGGAAAAGAUGAGGCAGCUCCAGCAGCAGCUCGAGAACGCUCACACCCAGCAGCAACUAUUGCUGAGACAGGCAAUGGAAGAUCGAGAGCAACUGCUGCUUCGGGAGCAGCAGCAACAACAAGAGCAGCAGCAGGCUGUUGCAUAUUACAGCACCCUCCUUGGCUGCGACUACUCACGGAUUCCACUGCUGCACUGCCUCGACCUUCCCUCAGGGGGGUAUGCCGCUGCUGCUGCUGCCGCUGCUGCAGCACAGGAGGAACUGCUACGGCUCAUUGUCGCCGCACUAGGAGAUUUGCGGCGCCUGCUGUUGUGCUGGGCAGCAGGUCUGGAGGUGUCGGCAGGAGCAACAGAUCAAGGCGGAGAGGGGCUCCCACCGUCAGAUGAAGAAGGCGCUUUGUCUGAUGCAGAUACACCCGCCAACCGCCUGCCCCACUCUCUUGGCCUUUCCUGGCGCGUCCGAACUGCAACUCGGCAGGCACGCCGAGCUGCCUUCGAUUCAGUGGCAUCCAUUACGGCUAUCUGUUCUUUGCUUGAACACGCGGCUGCUGCUGUUGCUGUCGCUAGUGCUGAACCUCUGGCCCGGCGGACCAACAGCAACCUGGAUAUUUGUUCAGGCAAGAUACAGGAAGAAACAAGAAGGUUCAGCGUUGCUUUUUCGUGUUUUAUCUCCUUGACUCUCCUGGCAGUCUCUUUGCAGCACGACGCCCUCAAUGGCCCCCAGCAGCACCAGCGGCAGCAGCUAGAUGCAAAGCAUGAUGAACACCGCGGUAGUAACGUGGACCCGUUCAUGGCUUGUCUGGAAGACCUACAGAGAGAUGCUGCAGCGCUUAGUGCUGUCGCCGCUGCUGCAUUUGAAUAUAUGGGAGAGCAACCCAGCAACAGCGGUGAUGAUGACAUUGCAGCACACACCGAUGCUCUCUCGGAGAAGCAUUUUCUGACCUUGACUGCCGUUCUCACUAACUCAAAGCUAGAGCACGACGAAAAAAAGCUCCUUGCUGCUGAGAAGUGCCAGCAGCAACAAAACCAGAAUGGGGAUUUGCAGAGUCAGUUGCAGCAAGAGUUAAGGAUGCCGCCUCUUCCCUUGUCGCCCUCUAAAUCAGUUCAUGUGCAGCACCAGGGAAAGAAGGGGCAGCAGUUGGAUCUAUCAACGCUAUUUCCGUGGCGUGGUGGUUUGCCUUCAACUUUUCAACCGGAGCAGACGGAGGAGGAUGUACCACAUCAGUCUGAAUGCAGCAAAUGGCUGCAUCAGUUGAGGAGUAACAGGGGAGCAGCGUCAGCUGGAAUUACCUUAUCACGAUGGCGUGGAGCGGCAGAAGCAAAGAAAGAGCGACUGCUACAGCUUUUUUUUGAUCAGUUGAAGACAGUUUUGCAGACCUUCCGGAAUAUGGCUGUCUGUCUCUCUGGCCGCAUGCGUCGUCCCGCAGACCUAGUUGAUGGGCAACUGCUGCUGCUGUCCGGCACAGGACCUUGCAUGCUGUCGCUGCUGCAGGCGCUACGUGCAGUGAGCAACGCAGACGGGGGAACUUCCCGUCUGCUGCAUCACUCUAAGUUGCUAUUGCUGCUGCAGCAAAGCCCUUCUUACGCGGCUCUUCGCGCAGAGCCUCUGCAUGACGUCGCUACAGUAGGCAUGCAAUGCCUCUCCAACAUUCGCGCCAUCCUCCUGAACUCUGGCCAGAAAAUUUCGACACGAGAUGCGAGACAAGUCUUUAGCAAGCGCCAGGCGGCAGAAGCCCAAGUCGCUGCCGCUGCGGCUGAUGUACGUCUACUAGAGGAGCGCGUCGCCGAAGCAAACAAAGCCGCUUCUCAGCUGCGAGAAGCAAAAGUGGCAGUCGCGCUGCUCCAGGCUGAAGUUGCGAGGCUAAGGGGAGGCACCUGUAGCGCCGCUACAAGCUUUACCACUGAAACAUCUCCUACAAGGAGCGGUAGCAGCCGCUGCUCCGCGCACCUUGAAGGUGGCGUAGGAGGGUUGCCUGUGCUUGCCGACGUUCCUGCCGCUGCAGAGUCUUCUGCAGCUGUUGUUUCUAAGGGAUCUAGUAGUCAAGGUGAUCCUGCUGUCAAGGGGCUGGCGUUGCUGGCUGGCCCAACCACAGCAGAUGCAGCAGCUUUCAUAGCUAAGGAAGCAGAUUUGGCCAGCAUGGCUUUUGACGCCUCUGCUGAAGAGAAAAGAAGCGUGUAUGCGGAGGAGCUGCUGGUGUUACAGCAGAAACUGCACGCGGAAGCAGCAGCUCUCGCUGUACUCAGGAUGCAACUCAGCAGCGCCUUCAAGGCUGUUCAUGCGCUUGAGGACCAGCGUGCUGCCCUGCACCGUGAGCUUCGCCGCUCGAAGGAAGCAGGAGCGGCUGCAGCAGCUGCUGCUGUUGCUGCUGCAACAGAAACUGCAGCAAGCGCUCGCCUGGCAGAGGAAAACUACUCCCAACAGUUGCGGCUUUUGUCUCUCCACGUAGCCGAGACACAUGAGAAGAGCAAAGAGAAGCAGAAAGAGCUGGAGGAUCUUCUGAAGCACAAAAUACUCUGCGGACGAUGCGGAGUGUGGAACCCCCUCAGUGACCUUCUGGUAGAAGGCCAGUCCUGGGGUUCUUGCGCGAUGUGUAGAGGCAGAGUGACUGAGCGCCCAUUCUGA